AAAACUAGCUGGCUAACUGAGCUAGCUAAAAGCUAAACGCUGCUACAGCUGCGCAGUUUCGUUUCCCAGAAAACACCGAUAACACCCACCAGUCAAGUCUGCUCACUUUAGCUGUGUUUGCCUGCUGUAUUAUAUAUUGGAGUGUGGCAUGGGCCGACUUUACCAAACUUUGAUAGCUGACUGCUGCUAACUGCAACACUCACACACACACAGAGCCAGGAUGAAGAGACGAGCUGAAGCAGUGCCGGCACCACCGCAGGGGACAAAGAGGCAUCGAGAUGACAGCAGCUCAGAUGAAGAGUCGCAGUUAUCCAGACAAGACUCGAGCCAAAAUGAUUCCCUCAGUGACCAAGAUGAUCACAGACCGAGAUUCUCCAUGCCCUCCAUAUCGUCCUUUGAUGACCAAGACAAUGACCCCUCUCAGGCCUCCUCCAACUUCUCCAUGUACAACAGCGUGUCACAGAAACUCAUGGCCAAGAUGGGUUUCCGUGAGGGUGAAGGUCUGGGAAAGUUUGGACAGGGACGCAAAGAGAUUGUGGAGGCCUCCACCCAGCGAGGGAGAAGAGGUCUCGGUCUCACACUGCAGGGCUUUCAGGGGGAGCUAAAUGUGGACUGGCGCGAUGAACCAGAGCCCAGUGCCGUAGAGAAGGUAGACUGGUUCCCAGAAUGCACCACAGAGAACCCAGAUGCAGAUGAGUUGAGGGACUGGAUGAAACUGGGAGAGAGAAAACUCAAGAUUGAGGAUGAGACAGAGUUUUGCACGGAAGACCUCCUGCACACUCUUCUAAGGUGCAAGACAGUGUUUGAUAACCUGGAGGGUGAGGAGAUGAGGAGAGCACGGACACGCUCCAACCCAUACGAGACAAUCAGAGGAGGUAUCUUCCUCAACAGAGCAGCUAUGAAAAUGGCCAACAUGGACCACUGCCUCGACCACAUGUUCACCAACCCAAAGGAUUCACAAGGGAAACCUCUGACGAAGGACCGCGAGGGCGAGCUCCUAUACUUCGGUGACGUCUGUGCAGGGCCUGGAGGCUUUUCAGAGUACAUACUUUGGAAGAGGCGUUGGCACGCCAAGGGGUUUGGCAUGACUCUGAAAGGACCCUGUGAUUUUAAACUGGAGGAUUUCUUUGCAGCGCCGAGUGAGCUGUUUGAGCCUUACUACGGUGAGGGAGGGGUGGAUGGCGACGGAGACAUCACUCGGCCAGAAAACAUGACUGCCUUCCGAAACUUUGUCCUGGAGAAUACAGAGAGAAGAGGGCUGCACGUCCUCAUGGCAGAUGGGGGUUUCUCUGUGGAAGGCCAGGAAAACAUCCAGGAGAUCCUGAGCAAACAGCUGCUGCUCUGUCAGUUCCUCACUGCCCUCUCUACACUCAGGACAGGUGGUAACUUUGUCUGCAAGACAUUUGACCUCUUCACGCCCUUCAGCGUGGGUCUGGUCUACCUGCUCUACCUCUGCUUCGACAGGAUCUCACUCUUCAAACCCGUCACCAGCAGGCCUGCCAACUCUGAGAGGUACAUCGUGUGUCGUGGUCUUAAGCCUGGUUCAGACGCCGUCAGGGAAUACAUGUUCAGAGUCAACCUGAAGCUGAACCAGCUGAAGAACACAGACAUGGACGUUACAGAUGUGGUCCCUCUGGGCAUCAUCAAGGAAGACACAGACUUCUACCAGUUCAUGGUCAACUCCAACGAAAGCCUCUGUGCAGUCCAGAUCAAGGCCUUGGCUAAGAUCCACGCCUUUGUCGUAGACCCGACGCUCUCAGAGCCGAGGCAAGCAGAUAUCAGGAAGGAGUGUUUGAAACUUUGGGGGGUCCCAGACAAGGCCAGAGUCACACCUGCGUCCUCAGAUCCAAAGUCAAAAUUCUAUGAACUAAUUAAGUCCUCAGAUGUGGAGUCCUUCCAAUGUAAGCUCACACCCCUCAACCCCGUAACUCUUGACAAGUUACGCCAUAUCCUGGACCACAGGUGCAUUGUGGGAGGUGGAGAGCAGAUCUUCCUCCUGGCACUGGGGAAAUCUCAGAUAUACACAUGGGAGGGGAAGAUGCCCGUGCGCUGGAGGAAACUUGAGAAUUUCAAACUGGAGCUGCCAAGAGAUACACUUCUGAGCGUGGAGAUCGUCCAAGAGCUGAAGGGCGAGGGCAAAGCUCAGCGUAGGAUCAAUGCAGUUCAUGUAAUGGAUGCACUAAUACUGAAUGGCACUGAUGUAAGAGAACAGCACUUCAACCAAAGGAUCCAGAUGGCUGAGAAGUUUGUGAAGGCAGUAGCCAAACCCAGCAGGCCAGACAUGAACCCUAUCAGAGUGAAGGAAGUUUACAGGCUGGAAGAAAUGGAGAAAAUCUUUGUCAGACUAGAGAUGAAGGUGACAAAGAGCUCAGGGGGAGUCCCACGUCUGUCCUACACUGGCAGAGAUGACCGACACUUCCUUCCCACUGGCCUUUACAUCAUUAAGACUGUCAAUGAGCCGUGGACGAUGGCAUACAGCAAAAACUCAAAGAUGAAGUUCUUCUAUAACAAGACCACCAAGGAGUCCACCUAUGAAAUGCCUCCAAACUCCGCUGCCCCCUUCCAUGUCUGCCACUCUGAGCGUCUCUUCUGGGCCUGGGUGGACGGGGUGAUAGUCCAUGAUUCUCAGACACGCGUGGACCCUGAGAAACUGUCCAAAGAUGAUGUUUUGUCCUUCGUCCACCAGAAUCACCAGCCCUGAAGCGCUCGCAGGGCGCCAGAGCUUCAGCAGCUACAACCUAAAACAAAGAAUGCACUAACUCGUGGAGGAUAUGGAGCCUUAGUGAAGGUUAUCAUACAAUGCCUUAAUUGAUAUUUAUUUGUGACAGUAAAAGAGGGAUUCAUAAAAUACUGCCAAAUAGAUUAACCCACCGAUAUAUAGAUUAAAACUAUCUUAAAGUUAAAGAAUUCUUCACUCGCAAUUUGCCGCAUUUGUAUAUCACAUACUUCCCCAUGUUAUGUUCAUGUAAAUAUUAAUUAACACACUGUUUUAUAAUCAUCAAGGCUCUCUUGAUCCUCCAUACAAUGCCGCUUAGAGAAACUAUUACCAGGUUGUAAGUGGAGUUCUGGAGCUCAAGUGAUGAAUUGUUUGCUGCUAUUUCCAGCGGUGACAUUUGGACUCUGUGUAAGCAACAGACAUUUGACAAACCACUCUGUCUUUCUGCCUUUUUUCCACUGCCCUUGUCUCUGUGAAAUGUAAUGAAUUGGACUCGC